AGGACAAUGCUGCACUUGCCCGCCCAUUCGUCACUUGCUUAUGUCUACAACAACGUCCUCGUAUGCCAAAAGCGUCUUUAGGAGUGAAUGAAGUCGCGGACUUCCUUCCUUCCUUCCCGCCCUCAAAGACUCAAAUGCAGACUUUCUUCUGCAGAACUCUGAAUUCAGUCGGAAGGAACUUCGUACAAAUCAACCAAAGGGCGUUUUGUAAUAGCCGAUAUACCUCUCCUGGGUUCACACAUUGCUGCUCCCAAUCAGCUCGUUUCAAAAGGGGUUAUUGCGCUUUAUCCUCAUCCAACAGUACUAAAGUUGGUGUUACUACUAAAAGUGAAAGAGUACUUCAAAACAAGGCCCCUCUAUUGGAUUCCAAAGCUCAUAACAAAGGCGGGAUAGUUCAACCUGACUCUGGCAAUGGCAGGGUAAUGCUAAUUGAUGGAACAUCUGUUAUAUACCGAGCUUACUACAGGCUUCUUGCUAAACUGCACCAUGGUCACCUUUCCAAUGCAGAUGGCAAUGGGGAUUGGGUCCUAACUAUAUUUACAGCAUUGUCACUUAUUAUUGACGUGUUGGAGUUUGUUCCAUCACACGUAAUGGUUGUUUUUGACCAUUAUGGACUUCCAUUUGGUCAUACAUCUCUUACACCAAACCAAAAUCUUAUUGCGAAAGGCCUCAAUUUUCGUCACAACAUUUACCCUGCAUACAAAAGCAAUCGCCCUCCUACACCUGAUACCAUUGUUCAAGGACUUCAGUUUCUGAAAGCAUCCAUAAAAGCAAUGUCCAUCAAAGUCAUUGAGGUCCCUGGGGUUGAAGCUGAUGAUGUAAUUGGGACAUUGGCGGUUAGGAGCGUGGAUGCUGGUUACAAGGUUCGAGUUGUUUCUCCAGACAAAGAUUUUUUCCAGAUUUUAUGCCCUUCAUUACGUCUUUUGCGCAUUGCUCCUCGUGGGUUUGAGAUGGUCUCGUUUGGGAUUGAGGAUUUUGGUAAAAAAUACGGAGGAUUGCACCCUUCACAAUUUGUUGAUGUUAUCUCACUUGUAGGUGAUAAAUCAGAUAAUAUACCAGGAGUCCAUGGGAUUGGAGACGUUCAUGGUACACAGCUCAUCAUGAAAUAUGGUACACUUGAAAACUUGCUGGAUUGUGUUGAACAAGUUGAGGAGGACAAAAUCAGGGAGGCAUUGAUAUCAGAUGCUGAUCAGGCUAGACUAAGCAAGAAUCUGUUGUCCUUGCAGGCAAUGUUACGCUGUGACCUUCCAUAUUAUAUGGUUCCUUUUGCUCCAAAUGAUCUGCUAUUUAGGAAACCAGAAGACAAUGGGGAGAAAUUUACAAGCCUAUUAACAGCUAUAAGCGCUUAUGCGGAAGGAUUUUCAGCAGAUUCCAUCAUCAGAAGGACAAAAUAUCUAUGGAAAAAGCUGGAAAGGCAAUAGAUGUAAUAGGCUCGGCCCCACCAUCAAUUGAAGAUAAAGUUGCAGAUUUCGAAAUUGUUGUAUAAAGUAGUACUCAUCACUCAUCAGUCUUGUAAUUUUGUCUAUGUGACUAAUUCAUUACUCAAAAAAUAGAUAAAUAUGAGAGGAUAAUUGAAGUUAUAUUUUUAUGGGGGUG